UCUCGUUCUGGCUGAGCCUUGUGGAAUCUUGUUUAAUUGACUUAAGUGAGUAUGGAGAGGUCGCCGCCUCCUUUAUCACUGCCUCAUUACUCCUCCAAACUCUAGCUUGAUAACUUCCCUUCCAUUCUUCAUUCUUGAUCCACAACCACAGGGAGGUCAUGGGAAACGCACAGAGUGGAGGGAUUCCCAGAGAGAUCCUGGAUGACCUCAGGCUGACCACCAGGUUCUCUGAAUCUGACAUCACCCAGUGGUAUGAAAACUUCCAGAAGCAGUGUCCUACAGGUCGCAUCACACUACAGCAGUUUGAGGAGAUCUACGCUAAAUUCUUCCCUGAAAGUGAUGCCAAAGCUUAUGCCCAACACGUUUUUCGGUCCUUUGACGCCAAUGAUGAUGGGACAUUAGACUUUAAAGAGUAUGUUGUUGCGCUUCAUAUGACCUCCUCGGGCAAGUCGACCUUGAAGCUGGAGUGGGCCUUCUCACUGUUUGAUGUGGACAAGAAUGGUUACGUCACAAAACCUGAAGUAAUUGAACUCAGCCAGGCAAUUUUCAGUCUCAUACCAAAAGCGAAGCAGGCAAAUCUUCCCAGUGAUGAGAAUACGUCAGAGAAGAGGGCAGAGAAACUCUGGGCCAUCUUUGACAAAAAGGAUAAUGAACGAGUCGCAGAGGGAGAGUUCAUUGAAGCCGUUCAGUCAAAUGAGAUUGCCCUGCGGCUCAUUCAGUACGACCAUAAAUGACCCAUCAUGAUCAUGUUCAUGCAAACAGUGGUUUUGCCAUGCUUGACUUCCUGUGCAUUGGUUGUAUAUUAAACGCUUUCAUUAAAGAUGCGCCAUCCUUAA